AUGGCUUCAUCUUUCAUGGAUUUAAAAACCAUCACAGCUUUAUCAAUAUUUCUAACCACCAUUCUCAUUGCUCAUACUGCCAAUCAAUACUCUCAAUUCUAUCUUAUUGUAGUUAAUUUAAUAUCGUCUAAAUUAGGGAAAAUAAUUCUCAUUACAGAUUUAAUAUUAUUAAUCAUAUAUUUUGGAAUGGGAUUGGUGAAAAUAUUUUUCGGAUCAUUGAGAAUUUAUGAGCAAGAAAUUGUAUGGGAGAAGGGAUAUUUUGCAUUAAUUGAAACAUGCUUAGCAAUGACUAUAUUUAGAGAAGAAUUAUCAACUCGAAUGUUAGCCAUGAUGAUGACAUCAUUAUUUUUAAAGAUCUUUCAUUGGAUUUGUGAAUUACGUGUCAAACAUCUUGAAUCUCUUCCACAAACAUCAAAUUCUACUUUUGCAAGAAUUUAUUCAUGUCUUUUACUUUUACUUUCAUGUGAUGCAUACUUUGCGAGUACUCUCACCAUGCAUUACCUCAAAGAAGGUGUGACUCUUCGUGUUUUAUUUUUAAGCGAUUUUUUAAUUCUCUCAAUUAUUGCACUUUGUGUCAGUGUAAGAUUAUGUUUCCAUGCCUAUAAUUUAUCAAAACAAGAUGCAGAAGGUAAUAGUGAAUGGGAAUCCAGAGAUGUUUCUGUAUUCUAUUUAGAGAUUACGUCAGAAUUAUUACAAUCCAUGGUGUAUCUAUCAUUCUUUUUAGUCAUCAUGUCUAAAUAUGGAUUACCUUUCCACUUGUUGAGAAAUAUUUACAUUACCAUUGGAAAUGUUCGUAAAAAGAUUACAGAUUUAAUUAAUUAUCGAAGAGCAGCAUAUACAUUGGAUCAAAAGUUUGAAAAUGCAACUCAAUCUCAAUUAGAUGAAUAUGAUGGUGUUUGUGUGGUAUGUCGAGAAGAUAUGAUCACCAACACUCCACAGAAUCCCAUUAAGGUGUUACCAUGUGGACAUUUAUUUCAUUCUAAAUGUUUGAGAGGAUGUUUAGAGAGAUCACAAGAAUGUCCAACGUGUCGAAGACCCAUUGAUGUCUUGUUGAAAGAACAAGAAGAGCGGAGAAGUACUAGUACAACCACUACUCGUACAAGUAGUGGUCAUGGCAAUAGUGUAAAUACUUCUGGUAGCAGCAGUAGCAAUAGCAGUAGCAGUAACAGUCACAGUAGCACGAUCACACCAUCCAUUCCUACCACGACGUCGAGUGGGCAUGGAGGAGCAGGUAUUAAUAUCAUGACUGGGAAUCUUGAUGGAACUACUACAUCAAUGAUGACUAGUCCAUUCCUUCCAUCUUGUUUGAAUCAUCAAGAAUUACUGAAUUUAAUGAUGAGUGGAUAUCCUUCUACCAUUGACAAUGCAACAAGUUCACUCGCCAUCAAUAAUGAACAAGUUCAGCAAAUAAUGAUGACAUGUAUGUGA